AUACUUGCAAAAUUUCUGUAAAAAAUAUCUCAAUAGAGUAAAUUGUUUAGAAAAAUUGAAUUCUAUUGAUGUUAUCUGUAAAACAUUUUCCGUUGAAAAUUUCUGAGUUUUUCUAUGAAAUUUUUUCGGACGUGCCCCCCCCCCAAUUCUGUACCUUCUCGUAGCUGCGAUAUUCUAGAGAAGGUUAUGUGCAUGUGAUGUUUUAUAUCAAUCCACCGAGGGGAAAAAUACCUUUGUACAUUACAGAAGAGUGUGUUAUUAAUCGUUUGCAGUAUCUCAAUUUGUUGUACAAUAAAGAAGAAUGUAAGUUCAGUGGGAAAUUUCAAUAUUUGUUGGAGGACUCUCCCUACGAUAACAUUGGACAUUUCACACUCAGACUAUUAGUAUCAACAACCCCAGAAUCAUGGAACCACUGGUUGACACGGGAGCGUCUCCUCCUCCGACACCGUCUGAAUCAUUUAUUACCGCGACAACUCCACAGAUUAUUCCGAAAUAUUCUGCGACGUUCAAAGAAUUAUGAUCGUCAUGAAGCAGCAUGCAUCAAGCUAUCAUUAAUAACACUGUCGGCGCAUUUUCUGCGGCCCGAUGUAUUCAGGCACAUCAUCUCGGAUGAGCAUACAACAGGCUGUGAUUUAUUCCCUUUCAAAGUUAUAUUUACCGCGGUACCUGAUCUAGUCAAAGAAAGAAAAUUGCAGCUCGAACGAGGCUAUUGCGUCGUCCACUGCUCAAUGUGGAAAAUAGUCCUGGAGUCAUUAUUCCACCGUCUGAUCCAACUUGAGUACAAUAUUUACAAGACUGAUAUGCAAAACACCGUGAGAAUGGAUUCACGACUUCAGCUGAUGAGCCAGAGACUAACAAAGUCAAUAUUGACGCCGAAAAUCGAGUCGAAUGCAAACAUCACAGCUUUGAAUAUUGAUAACGAGGCGAGAAAAUUUCCUCCUUGCAUGAGGCACUUGCACUUGGUUCUCAGGAAAAAGCAUCGACUGAGUCACUACGCGCGGUUUUAUUACAGUCUAUUUUUGAAGGACUGCGGCAUGAAUUUGGAUAACUCCAUUGCAUACUGGAGGGAUGAGUACUCUAAGCCACAUACUUGUGAGAGUGGCUGCACUCACAAGUGGCAGGAGAGCGAGAAAAAAUUUAUUUACAGCAUUCGACAUCUGUAUGGACUGGAAGGGGCUAGGGUUAAUUACGGUUCACCUAAUUGCCAGACGAUAUUCAAUGCUGACCCUGGACCGAGGUACGAAGGCGGUUGCCCUUUCAAGAUUCUAGAUAAUGAGCAGUUGAAGGAUGUUUUUAAUUCUUGUCUGAUUGACGACGAUAUUCAACGGGAAUUGAUCAAAUUGAAGGGCGAAAAUGCAGGCGCUGCCUGUGGAUUAUUCCUGCAGGCGACUAAUGAUGAUAAGAGUCAUGUCGUUGUUCAGAGUCCACUAGAGUAUUAUAUUCACGUUAACAAACAUAUAUGAAAAAAUUUUACAGGAAAAUCGAGAAAGUUGCAGGAAUUUAAAAAGAACUUCGAUAGAAUUUCUCAAGGGAAAUGCUAGAUUUUUUCAAUAAAUGUUUUCAUGUAUGGAGAAGACUGAUUGUUGCCACCCCUCAGAAAAAUUAUUAUAAUAGUUUAAAUAAAUAAUUAAUUUAUCUA